AUGCUACCUAUCCUCAUCCUCCUCCUCCAAUUAGGGGCAUGCGUCCUCGGUGCCACAAUUUCCGCGAGGUCCACCUCCGAAAAACAAGAGCAUGUGGGAUGGCAGCGGGAGCCAGAUACUCGUGGAACAUUAAGCAUCCUCCGCACCUGCGGCAUCACACUCGCCCUAUGCGUCUGGACAGCCAUCCAUCCCGACAUAAUUGUGGACGGUACCAUCUACAAACGUCUUCUAAAGAAGCUCCAAAUGUCAUUCUAUGCGCUUGUGACGCCCGAGGAGGUCUUGAAGUCAGCCUUGAAACAGUGGGGCGAUGCACGACGGCUUCACCGCGCACUUGUCGCUGUGACCAUCAUCACCGAGAAGAUGCAAGAAAGGCCCAAUGCCAAGAAAACCGCGCAAGAGGAGAUCAAUAAAAGCUCAAUCUCGAUGAAGGUAGCCUACUUUGUCGUUACCGGCGGCUUCGUAAGAACCGACGGCUGCAAGAAGUCCAUCAGCUGCUCGGAGUUCUUCCACGCCUUUGUCGAACGCCCUUCCGAAGUAUCGCGCAUGGUCAAGGAGGCGGAUAUCGUCGAUAAGGGGAAGGCAAACCUACUCGCAAAGCUCAUCGUUUGUGCCCAGGGAAGCUGGUUCGUGCUCCAUCUUCUCGGCCGGCAGCUGGCCAGGCUGCCGAUAGCGCUUUUGGAGGUGCAUGUAGCGAUCCAUAUCCUCAUUGCGGCGGUCAUCUAUUUGCUGUGGUGGAAUAAGCAGUUGGAUGUGAACGAGCCGAUCAUACUUCCCCUGGGCCUCUUGGGAUGCGGUGUACAGGAAGAGACCUGGGGGAAGGCGGUGUCGGAUGCGGUGGCGCCGAGAAAUGGAAUUGGGAGUUGGGGGAUUUGGGGGUGGCUCGACUUGAUGGCGCCAGAGGAACCAAAGGAGAAAGAAGAAGACGAGAAGUGGAAGAAGGCGGUAGAGGAAAUAGAAAUCUGUAAGCGGAAUGGAAUAUCUUCCUCCACAGGUGCGGGAGUAAGACCCCGGGAAGUCAGCGCAAUGGAGCACCAGAGACCCGGCGAUAGUCAGGGAAAUCAAGAGGAAACAAGCCCCUACCUACAGCCCGACCCAAACGGGGACGACGCCCAGGGCAUGAGGUUCAGCGGGGUCACACUUGUUCACUCCGGCGGGGAAAUCCCACCUCUCUCCUCCCCUGCAGUAAGGUCUAUACGCCACGACAAACCACAAAUCAUACCCAGCCCCAAUGGCACAACAACUACAACGGAACGCUUUCUCGCCUGCAUCUUCUACAUCGCCUACGCCGGGCUCCACGCCACCGCGUGGAACUCCGACUUCCCCUCCCCCGCUGAGGGGUGGGUCUGGCGCGGGUCUUGCCUCGCUGUCGGGACCGUUCCAGUGGUGCUGUUCCUUGGGUCCUUGUCGAGAGGGCUCGAGAGGCGGUUGAAGAUUACUCCGGGAAGGUCGGGAGGGAGAGAGUUGUUCGGGUGGAUGUUGUGGGCUAUGAGUAUCGUGGCGGCCGGUGCGUUGUUGAUAUUGUCGUUUAUGAGCUUGAGACAUAGCGACAAGAUGGUGUUUCAAACGGCCAAGUGGGCGGCAGACAUUCCACACUUUUAG